CCAGGAUUUGCCAUCUUAUGCAAUGCUGUCUAAAAUUUUCUAUAUGCUUGUCAUUGUUUCUUACUCGACAACCAGUCUGGUUAUACCAUGUCAAAAGUCUUUCGAUGCCUUUCUACAUAUUUCCAGUGAAUUUUGAUGUGCCAAAUACCACUUUAGCAACUAUACAAUCAACAACCAGAUUCUGAAACUUGUCUGAUUUUACAAACUUGCCGAUCAUGCUUACUUCUGAAGUCCUGCUUGUUAGAACAGGGUUGUGCUGUGUGUGUAGUUAUCAUAUUGUACAGGGGCUUCUUUGCUUAUUUCCCUUCAUGUAUAUGUGCUGGCCUGUUGGCCCGAUGGAAUAUAGGCUCACUUCAUAACAUGGUAUAAGAGCUAGGGUUAGGUUCCCCAGCCGCCGCCGCCGCCUCUGGUCGCCGCGGCCGCCGCCGGCCGCCGCUCCUCUCUUCAUCGAGCCUCUCCCCUCUUCUUCCUGGUAGCUGCUGCCGCCUGCUGGUCCAGGCCGCCGCCGUUCCAGGCCGCUGCUGCCGCCGUCCUUCCCGGCCGGCACCGCCGCCUCAACGUGCUGCUGCUGCUCUUCAACGAGCUGCUGCUGCUGCUGCUCCUCUUCUCUGCUGCUGCUGCUGCUCUUCUUCAACGAGCUGCUGCUGCUGCUCUUCAAAGUGCGGCUGCUGCUGCUCUUCUCCUCCUGGUCUGCUGCUGCCAUCAAGCUGUGCCUCCUGCUGCUGCUGGUCUUCAACGAGCUGCUGUUGCUGCUCUGCUGCAAUGGCGCCCUCCACCACCACCGGUGCUGUCCCAGUCCCACUGUCCUGUUAUCUUCAACGGACAGAACUACAGGGACUGGGUGCAGCACAUGAAGCUGCACAUGAGGGGCCAGCUGGUCUGGGAGCACCUCUCUGGUGCUCUGCCUUGUCCCCUGCUGCCCACUCCUCCAGCUGAGUUGGCCUUCCCUGUUGAUGCCGAUGAAACCAAGCAACGUGAGAUGCUAGAUGCUUUUGAAGAGGCCACUGAAGAGUAUCAGAAUCAACUCCACUUAUACAAGCAAUGGACAAAUGAUGAUGCUCGAGCCUCUUCUAUCUUGGUGAACAGCAUGGAUGUUGAUCUCACCAUGGAUGUGGUGGCCCUUACCACUGCAUAUCAGAUGUGGGAGCACCUUCGCCAUCGCUAUGAGUCUACAGGGGAUGCCAUGUAUCUCUCUGUUGUUCGUCAAGAGCAACAACUACAACAGGGAGAUGCUACUGUGGAUGAUUUCUACAAGGAGAUGUCGGCGGUGUGGCGCCAAUUGGACUCUCUGGGAGCUGAUGUUUGUCGCAGAUGUCAGUGUUGUGUGCGGCAACAAGCUAAGCUGGAGGUUCGUCGCCUCUACGACUUCCUCACUCGCCUCCGGCCGGAGUUCGAGCAGAGUCGUGCUCAGCUAUUGGCACGCCAUCCUCGGCUCUCUACUCUGGAGGCCCUUGCUGAGGUGCGAUCUGAGGAGGUGCGCCUACGGAGCACGGGCUUAUUGCCAUCCUCUUCAGCAGUCCUGGCUGCCCGCGUUCCACCACCGCUGCCUGGUGUGCCCUCUUCUACACAGGUGGCAGCAACCUCCACUAGUGCUUUCUGCAACUACUGCAAGCAGGAUGGUCACAUGAUCACGGAGUGCAUCAAGAGGAGGAAACAGGGUCGCCGUGGUGGCCGUCCUCAAAAGGACUCGGGAGGCUCCUCUAAUUCUCGUGAGGGCUCCCUUGAGAAGGUUCACCAGGAGAUGCUCACCUUGCUGCGCCGCCUUACUGCUUCUGCACCAUCCUCAGGUUCUGCUGGUUCUGCUGGUCAGACGUCUGGUCCACCACCGCACUCUUUGUCAGGAUCGUCGUACGGGGACUCUGGUUGGGAUCGGUCCUCGGCGCCAUGACUCUCAGCGCCUUUGGGAGCUCGAUUGGCUGCGCCUUCCUUCCGCUGCGUCCUCUAGCCAGUCGGACAUCACCACCCCUUUUGCUUCAGCUGCCACCUCCACCACAUCCUUCGCUCAGUGGCAUCAUCGAUUGGGUCACAUUUGUGGCUCCCGCUUGUCUUCUUUGGUUAGGAGUGGUGUUCUAGGGUCUGUAUCUGGUGAUAGUUCACUAACUUGUAUGGGUUGUAAGCUUGGCAAGCAGAUACAACUUCCAUAUCCCUCUAGUAAUUCUGUUUCUCAAUGACCUUUUGAACUUGUUCACUCUGAUGUAUGGGGUCCUGCCCCCUUUGUUUCGAAAGGGGGUCACAAAUAUUAUAUAAUUUUCAUUGAUGAUUUUUCUCGCCACACUUGGAUCUACUUUAUGUCAUCUCGUAGUCAAGUGCUUCAAAUUUACAAGUCGUUUGCUACCAUGGUUCGCACUCAGUAUGAUUCCUCUGUUCGAGUUUUUCGUGCUGAUUCGGCUGGCGAGUACUUAUCUCGUGCGCUUCGUGGUUUCCUUGCUGAACAGGGUACCCUUCCUCAGUAUUCCUGUCCUGGUGCACACGCUCUAAAUGGGGUGGCUGAACGCAAACAUCGUCACGUCCUUGAGACUGCUCGGGCUCUUCUUUUAUCUUCUGCUGUUCCCCCGCACUUUUGGGCUGAGGCUUCUCUACCGCUGUUUAUCUCAUUAAUAUUCAGCCUUCUGUUGCUCUUUAGGGAGGGAUACCAGUUGAUCAUCUAGGUGAUGGUCCAGCUGAUUAUAGUGGUCUACGCCUGUUUGGUUGUGCCUGUUUUGUUCUUCUUCACCCUCAUGAACGCACCAAAUUGACUGCUCAGUCUGUUGAAUGUGUUUUCCUUGGCUACAGUUUGGAGCACAAAGGUUACCGUUGCUGGGACCCUAUUGCUCGAAGACUGAGAAUCUCCAAAGAUGUCACUUUUGAUGAGUCUCGCUCCUUCUACCCUCGUCAUUCUUCUACUGCCACAACCGAGUCGUUAGUCGAGCCUCUCUCUUUUUUGACUCUACCUGAUUCUUCACCUUUAUCGUCACCUGGUAGGUCCACUCCUAGCCUUUCACCUGUGUCUGCUCAUGAGCUUCAGCUUACACA